AUGACCGAACCUUCUACUGACCAAUUCGGGAUUCCUCUGUCCUCCCUCCGCCUGCUGGUCUCUCCUCUGCGGCUCAUGUCUGCAGCUCUGUGGGGAAUCGUGCAGCACAGAGCCGUGAAGCACUACGGGCUGCUGGAGGACUUCAUCACCGCUGUGCACGACAACAUCCCGGGUGUAAUCAGCCACUCCGAGCGCCUGCACGUUUUCCUGGGCUUAAGGGCAAAGAUGGUGUUAGAGAUGUGUAACCGUGACGACAUGAGCUGUAAACAACAUAUCGAGUCUCUUUUGAUCAAGAUGGACGAUCUUAUCAUGCUGCAAGAAGAUGAGACAUCUCAAUCAAAGAUGAGAGCGUCACUUUGUGAUUUUACAAAACUUGUUCACUCGAUGUUGGAGGAUCCACUUGAGCGGGAUUUGUUUUAUCAGAAACCUUUGUCCUCAGAGUUUGAAUUCACAUUUGAUUCAAAUCUCCAGAUGCUUGUAGGAAAACUACUUGUAACUUUGGAAAACUUGCUCCCUACCCCAAGUCUUGAUCAGACCUGUCUGUGGCUCGGGCUGUGUCCCUCAGUCUUGAAAGAGUGUGAGGAUAUCUUACAUCAACCUGAACCCCUCAGUAACCUCCUCCAACAACAUAAACACAAGUCUACUUUUUCAACAGAGCUCUAUUCUAAUGACUAUUUCCCAAGCUUCUAUGAUUCAGCAGAGCAACAGGUGGAAAGUGACACCAUACAAUACCCUGGCACUGAUACAAAGGGAGACGUUACAGACGGGACAGAGGAUUGUGCUCCGUCAGUAGAAGUCACUCUUUCUUUUGAUGAUGACCUCUGUAGUCUACACACACAAGACUUUGCUGGAACACCAGAGGGUUUGUGUAGUGAGAUACGAGAAGGAGAAACGCACUGCAGCCCAAUCUUUAAUUGCACCGCCAAACUCCAGGAGUUCACCAAUCUUUAA